AUGGUCCCCCAUCCCCUCCAGAUCCUCUCCAUCGACGAGACCAACCGGGCUCACGAUGUCGUCGUCAAAGCUCACCCCGGCGCCGUCAUCAGCUUCCGCGAGAUCUUCCUGCAAGAGCCCGCCAAGGCCGACCUGAAGAAGUUCCUUGAGCUCGAGCACUCGGGCCGCCUGUCGCCUACCACCCCUCGUCCCCCGCGGUUGGCCAAGGUUCAGUACGACGUCAUUGGCGCUGACAGGAUUCCCGAGUAUCAUGAGUCCAUCGUCGAUGUGAACCGCGCUACGCGUGUCAAGCACGAGGUCAUUGGCAAGCAGCACCACGCUGCCCUGACGCUGAAAGAGUUCGACACCCUUGUCGAUGUCUGCAAGGCCUCGCCUAAGUUCCAGGAGGCCAUUGCCGAGUUCAACCUCCCUGAGGGCUUUGAGGUCGUCGUCGAGCCGUGGCCGUACGGAGGCCUUGAUGCCGAGGAUGAGAACCGCCGUUACUUCCAGGGUCUGAUUUUUGCGAACGACACCCGUAGCGGCAACCCUGACUCCAACUUCUACGCCUACCCCCUGCCGCUCAUUCCUGUCAUGGAUGCCCACAAGCAGGAGAUCGUCCGCAUCGACCGCCUGGCCACGGGCGGCAAGGGCGACGGCCUCACCGAGAAGACCAACAGCCCCAACAUCGUCGAGCACUGCAAGACGGCCGAGUACGUGCCAGAGCUCCUGCCUAACGGAACGCGCAAGGACCUGAAGCCCCUGAAUGUUCAGCAGCCCGAGGGUCCUUCCUUCAAGAUCACCGACGAGAGCUUGGUUGAGUGGCAGAAGUGGCGCUUCAGGGUCGGAUUCAACCCGCGCGAGGGCGCUGUUAUCCACGAUUUGCACUACGAGGGCAGGAGUGUGCUGUACAGACUGAGCAUCAGCGAGAUGACGGUCCCUUACGCCGAUGCUCGCCCUCCUUUCCAGAGGAAGCAGGCUUUCGACUUCGGAGACGGCGGUGCCGGCAACUGCGCCAACAACCUUGCUCUUGGCUGCGACUGCCUGGGCGUCAUCAAAUACUUCGACGCCGUUGUCAUUGGCCGUGAUGGCAAAGCCACUCCUCACCCCAACGUCAUCUGCCUUCACGAGCAGGACAACGGCAUUGGCUGGAAGCACACCAACUGGAGAACUGGCCGUGCCGUCGUGACUCGCAUGCGCGAGCUGGUUGUUCAGUUUAUCAUCACUUUGGCCAACUACGAGUAUAUCUUUGCCUUCAAGUUCGACCAGGCCGGCGGCAUCGUCAUCGAGACGCGUGCCACUGGUAUCGUGUCGGUUGUCAACAUCGACGCUGGCAAGCAGAGCGACUACGGCAAUGUUGUGAACCCCGGUGCGCUCGCCCAGAACCACCAGCACAUUUUCUGUGCGCGCAUCGACCCUGCCAUCGACGGCCACCAGAACACGGUCAUCCAGGAGGAGUCGCACGCCGUGCCCAUGAACCCCAAGACCAACCCGCGCGGCAACUUCUACGAGAUCCGGCAGACGCCCAUCAAGACGUCGUCGUUCGCCGACGCGGCGCCGCACAACAACCGCAUCUUCAAGAUCGUCAACCCCAACCGCAAGAACCGCAUCAGCGGCAAGCCGGUGGGCUACAAGUUCACGCCGCCGGCGACGCAGCUGCUGCUGGCCGACCCGGACAGCGUGCAGAGCAAGCGCGCCGAGUUCGCCAAGCACCACGUGUGGGUGACCAAGUACAAGGACGACGAGCUGUACGCCGGCGGCCGCUUCACGCUGCAGAGCACAAAGGAGGUCGACGGCGUGGGCGACGCCGUCAAGCGCCGCGAGAACGUCGAGAACGACGACGUCGUCGUCUGGUCCGUCUUCGGCCUCACCCACAACCCCCGCGUCGAGGACUGGCCCGUCAUGCCCGUCGACAUCUUCCAGGUCAACCUGCGCCCCGCCGACUUCUUCGAGGCUAACCCGAGUAUCGACGUGCCCAGCAACAAGAACUUGGCGUCGGUCGAGGUGUACAAGGAGAACAAGAGCUGCUGUGUGAAGGGGAACUUGUAA